CAGGCUCACAACAAAGAGAAUGAUGUUAUUGCUAAGGAGAAAAGAAAGAAAGAGGUUGAGGAGAAGCUGGUAAUUUUGAAUGAGAAAAAACAUAGUUUAGUCCAAGUGUUGAAACAGAUUUUGAAUGCAGAAGAGGAGCUAAAGAGACAAAGCAGUAUGCAAGGGAUGGCUGGCCGGCAAUUUGCUCCACUACUAGUGGAUACCACCAAUGACUCUGGGUCAAUGACUAGGCUAAACACACCUAAAACAGCCUCGGAUGGAAAUCUUGGUGGAGGUUUGGAUGUUGGAGAAGCUGAUGACACUUGGAACCAUAAUAUGCGUUCUUGUAAUGUGCUUCGCUUGAGCAGCACCUCACCAUCUUCUGACUCUCAACUGAGGAAACCUGCUUCUAAUGCGGUAAUUUCUUAAGCAUCGUACACAUGA